GCAUAAGUAAGAACUGAACUGCUCAGUAAGGCGAGUAUACUCAUAAGUACAAAAGUACGAAAGAGAGGAGGCGAUGGAGGAAGGAAGAAAGGAGGAGGAGGAGGAGGAGGAGGAGAGGGAAAAACCAGAUUCGUGAGGUAACUAACAGAGGGAGACUUAAGUAAAGCAUAAUGUGAACUGCCGUGACCACCGCGACUACUACCCGUGUGUGUGUGCGUGUGUGUGUGUGCGCGCGCGCCCCCAUGAAGAAGAGACAGAGCUGCAGCCCUUCCUCGAGUCGGUGCGCUGCUGCCUCCAUGUUAACAGUGUGCUCUCGCGUGUGUCCUCCUCCAGCCUUCCACGCAUCGUCCUCACUCCCUAUACUUCCGUUAUCAGCGCCAUGGAAGGAGCAAAGCGAGGCCUCCUCUUCCUGCACCGGGUCUGCUCAGCCUCCCUCACACGGCAAGACAGACUUGACAUUCUUUUUGGCACUUUCUUCAUCCAUCUCAUACUGACCAUAAUGAGUAACCUGUGUGGCUGCCUGACCCAGAGCUUCCUCCUCUACAACGGCCUUUUCCUUGGCACCGUCCUUUGGAGCCUCCACCACCGCGAGUACGAGGAGCCACCCUUCUUGGCAAUGAUCAUCAACAGCUUCGCCAUCGUGUUCGAUAUAGUCAACCUGUCCUUGUACUGGCCAGCACUCAUGACACGUUCCAUGCAGUUCGGGAGUUCCAUGGCGGUGCUCAACCUGGCGCUGCGGCCCAUGUCUGCCUUCUUGCUGUACCGCGUGGUGCAGGACCGCGCCGCCGAUCACGGCGGCUGCAGCAGCCUGCCUUCCACCAUGAGGGAACUUUUCAGUCCAGCGCCCUACGAAGACAUGGACCAGGAGGGCGCCCAGUCUGUCAUCCCCGGCCAGUCCGUCAUCCCCAAGACCCAGACUCCCAAACAAUCCAAAUCCUCCAAGGAUCCAAUAUUCGCAUAAACAGUUUAAUCAUGGCACUUACCUGCGCUUCGGCCGCGCGCGCACACACACACACAAAAGAGUCAGUGUCAUAACCCUAUCCUACCCUCAAAUUCUUCAAACAUAAUAAUGGUCACAAGAAACAUAAGACGGUGCGCUUUCAGCACUUUCAAGGCCAAGUGGUGUAAUCAUUCUGUCGUCACUUUAAAGUGUAGAAGCUCGGUCGGCGAUUGGUUGUUUUGGUUGAUAGAACAGCAGCAGCCCGCAUGACGGAGUAAAGUUUAAAAGGACAACGAAUAUUUAUCUACACACACACACACACACACACACACACACACACACACACGUCCUCGUCGAUAUACCGACUUGAUCGGCGUCAGCCGAUAGUUGGUCAGUCUGCACCUUCUUUAUGUGCCGUCACCCAACAAAGGCCCAUCCAUGGUCCCUCCGCGGAAGGAAAAAAAUUCUAAACAACAACAACAAUAGUAACAAAACACCCCCCAAUUACCCCCCCCCCCACACACACACACACUGCAGCAAUCGUAAUGAAAAUAACAUUGACAGGUCGAUUAAACUCAUUGUCUACAGUAGAAAACUCACGUAAUUUUGACUCCUCUGAGUCGGCCGUCAAACAUGAAUCAAUUUACGCUGGGCUACUUCCUCCGGUCGUGCGGGAAGGAAGGUGGACAAUCGGAAUGAGGGUGUGUGGGCGGGACGGCGUGGGGUGUGAGGCGGCGGAAUCUUAAAGAUUAUUCUUGCUUCGUUUUAUAAAUUUCUUGGGUUCGCGGCGAAUUCUGUCCAACUUUAGUUUGUCAGCCUCACUCUGGGUUGAUAUAAAUUUACUGCAUACGCGUUAGUAAGAGAUAAGCUAUUUUUAAUUUCGUUAUUCCACCAUUUGGGAUCCUUCUUAAUAGUUGAACAUCUGUUACGAUAGGGUACGCAUAUGCUUAUGGUGUUGUUCAAUAUUGUGGUGAAGGCCUCUCACGAUCUAUCGAUAUCUGUUUCCGUCAAAAUUACAGUCCAUUCAGAUUUAUUUAAAACUGAUCGGAGUAUUACGAAAUUCGCUGUCUCAUAAUCGGGAACCUUUUCUUUACUAGCAGUCAAUUUAGUUUCUUUCAUCUUGAUGCUGAAUGUGAUUAUUCGGUGAUCGCUAGAACUAAAUGUUGGACCAACAUUUAGUUCGUUAACUAGAUCAGCUGUCGUUGAAAAGAUAAGCUCAAGUAUGUUAUUUUCCCGAGUCAGUUCUUGAACGUGUUGAUGUAAAUCACUUUCUAAUAACUUUGAAUACAGGUCGAGCCUUGUAUGAAAGUUCAACGGUUCGCCCCAUCUUUUCACUGAGUUAAAGUACCCAACAAUUAUUGCCUCGCAACCUGAGUGACCUCCCAUAAACUGCCCACCUGCACUACCACCGUCAACUGUCACCUGAAUCCUGCCUGAACCCAGCGUCUGACCUGAGGAUUUACACGUGACCUGACCACACCGUCAUCUGAAGAGACCGCACCUUCCCCUUCCCCCUCUCGGCACCACCGCACUGCACUCCACCCACCCCCCUACCUCCCCCACCCUAACCUUCCCACACAUAUCAGACCCCAAAUCUCCAUUAGCGAAAUUAAAAUGUGUCUAUAAUAUGUAAAUUUUCAGCCUGACGGCUGAUAUAACUAAA